AUGUUCAAGAUCAACGUUAAGUGGGGUAAACAGAAGUUUAAAGACCUCGAACUCAACACAGAAGAAGGUGCCGAAACCUUUAUGAACCAACUCUACUCUCUGACGAAUGUCCCUGUUGACAAACAGAAAAUCACGAUCAAAGGGACCAAACUCAAGACAGAUACCGAUCUCACAAAGCUCAAGCUCAAAGACGGCAUGACAAUCAUGAUGAUCGGAACUGCAGAAGGCAAAUUCCUCAAAGAGCCCAAAGAGAAAACUGUGUUCUUAGAAGAUCUCACACCUGAAGAAAAAGCCAAGCUGUUCAAAGAGAAAACUGGUAAGGCUUUGCCAGCAGGACUCGUCAACUUAGGAAACACCUGAUACAUGAACUCGCUCGUCCAGUGACUCGGCAAGAGCAAAGAACUCGUCAAAGCGAUUCAGGAACACCAGCCUGGUCCAGGAGACUCCAACCCUCAUAACCAACUCGUUGUAGCAGCCAAGUCGAUGUAUUCAGACUUAGAGUCCAAGGGUGAGAGCUUUCCGCCUUACUCAUUUGUGCAGAAGCUCAGGACUCUGCACCCUCAGUUCGAUGAAACCGACAACCAAGGACGCCACAUGCAGCAAGACUCUCAAGAAUGCUUCAAUGCAAUUAUGAGGUCGUUUGAGGCAGCCAACAUGCGCAUCGACUUCGGCGGAGAAGACAAGAACCUGAUUCAACACUUGUUUGACAUCGACCUUGAAGUGACUCUGGCGAACACUCAGUGAGAAGAAGAGGAGAAGAAGGUUUCACACGAAAAAGCCAAAAUGCUUUCGUGCACAAUCGACAACCAGAACAAGCCGAUCAGCCACUUGUUCGAUGGCAUCAAGCUCAACCUCGAAGGAGAAGUGGAGGCCCACAGCGAAGUGACAGACUCCACCAACAUUUACAGAAAAGAAAUGAAGAUGAACAACUUGCCUCCCUACUUGGUCUGCAACUUAGUCAGGUUCUUCUGGAAGAAGGAGUCUGUCACGGCUGGAACCCAGGCAGGAAAGUCUAAAAUCCUCAAGAACGUGUCAUUCCCUAUGGUUCUGGACACCUAUGAUCUCUGCUCCGAAGAUCUUAAGAAGAGCCUGAGCCACGGUCGCGAGUACGAGACUCGUCUUCGUGAAGAACAUGAUAGCAAAGUGCUGAGUGGAAAGGCAGAAGACGCCAAGAUGGAAGAUGAAGCAAAGAAGGAUGAAAAGAAGGAUGAAAAGAAGGAUGAAGAGAAGAAGGAAGAAAGCAAAGACGCAGAAAUGGAAGAAGAAAAGGUAGAGACAGCCACCACCAAGAAAGCAAAGAAGACUACUCAACCAACUAUUAAUGACAAUAUCGCUUAUAGGGAUCACGGAGUUGGUCUUGAUACUGGAAAAUAUCAAUUAGUUGGAGUUGUUACUCAUCAAGGAAGAACAGCAGAUGGUGGUCAUUAUAUUGGAUGGAUUCAUUCAACAGGAGAUGAAUGGCUUCAGUGUGAUGAUGAUUUUGUUUCAAGAGUAACAUCCCAAGAAAUUCUCAACCUUAAGGGUGGUGGUGACUGGCAUAUGGCUUACCUGUUGGUCUAUAGAAAGAUAGAAGUUGUUGAAGGAGAUGAGAUAUAA